AUUUCUGUUCAACUUCAAAACUUUUCUGUAAUCACUGCUCUAAUCACUCUGGACUCGCAGUCUUCCUGACAGCAUUACCCGCCUUUUUUCUCUUCCGUUCUAUUUUUCUUUCCUUCGCUCUCUAGAUCCAUUAGGUUUGCUUGCCUACAUUUCACACUCACUAAGAGCAAACUUAUAAGCAUUGCUUCUGUUAUAAAAAAGAAAGAAAAUUAUCAAAUUACUAUUAUAUAUAAUCUUUUAGUGGUUUAGUGAACUUCUUCUGUAUCUUCGUUGAUAACUUACAACUGAUUUCACAUUACGGAUCUUUCAAAUCGCGUCGUCUUAAAAAAUACUAAACAAAAACACAUACUAAAGCAAGCUCUGAGUACAGACGACCAAAAUUGAGAAUAAACCGUUGCAUCUAUAGAGAAAAAAAGGGCUAAAUACAAUGGCGCACCCUCAGCAAGAGAGCUCUGGUGGAAGACGGAAAAAUCCGUGUGAAGUUGAAGAUGAUGAAGAAGAUGGGAAGAAUCUUGCUCAACGAUCUCAUUUGGCUGGGGAAUCUAGUGGAUGUAUCUCCUAUCCAGCAUCAUUGACAGGAGAUAAUAGGAUUGCUACCUCCCCUCACAUUGUAAACAACAAUAAUCACAACAUUCAGUUGAACAGUAUUAUGGAUCAUCUAAAAACACGAUUCAGUACGUUAUGCAAAUCUUUAAAAGUGCCAGAGUCUAUGUGUAAAAAAGCCAUGAACCAUUGGGAGGAGUUAUGGUUGAAUCACCAAAAAGUCUUUCAUGAUAGUCCAGCUGAAGCAUGGUUUGGUUGUGCUCUCUACAAAUGUAUCAUUGAUAGCAGAUCCGGCUAUUGUGAUUUAGAUCCAUAUGUUUUCACAAUCACAGACUUACUGAAAGCAGUAGAUGUUAAAGUAAAAGAUUUUUUCAUGUACAUGUCACGUUUACAAGAAGUCCAAAGUUCAAGCCAAGCUGUAAAUACUCACUUACAACAGCUAAUGAAAAGAUAUAUCAUCACAUCACCCAUGUUUGCAUUAUUCCAAAGAAUAUUUCCUCAAAUUUUCAAACAGAACUCUAAGAAUAUAUUAAACCAAAAAGUCAAAUCAGACACUGUCCAGUCAAAAAUGAAAUUGUGUUGGAUAUUGUUUCUCUUAUGCAAAAGCUCUUAUAUGAAUGGUAAUGCUGAGAUGAUUUCAUAUGUUCACAUGCUGAUCUGUAUAGUACACUAUGUUGCUACACAAACUACUGCUGACAUGUUGAAUUCUCCUUAUGAUGAACUUCAGAAAUCUAGCACUGACCCCAACUCUACAGAAAUGCUCUCACAGUUAGCUGAAGACUUCCAUACUAGCUAUAAGGAGCUUCAGCCUGUCCAGAAGGCGGUGGCACAGUUUGUCAAUUCAAUUGUAUCUUAUACCAAUGGCAAUUUAGAUGUUGAUGAGAUGGAGAAAUUUUAUCUGAAGUCUUACCAGGCUAGUGGAGAUAUAAAUGAGCUUCUCUUCUUAGUCAAUGAUCCCAUUGUUGUUACUUCAACUCCCAUCAAACACAGAAAGCCAUCACCUCGACCUGAGGAUUCAGUAGUUGCUCCACUCACACCAGUUCGGUCAGCAUUGACUGUUGUUCAACAGUUAUGGAAAAUCUUGGAAGAAAUACCUGAGGACCCCAGGGAAUUGCUGAAAGAUUAUAUAGAUAGUUCUAAUGCCAGUAUGGUCACAUCUAUUUCUGAUAGAAUUGAAAAAUACAGGAAGAUCUUUGAAAAAUCUUUCACAGAUGUAAAAGGUCAGGACUCAGACACCAAGCGGUUUGCUUCAGAGAGGUUUCAAAUUAUCGUCAAGCUCUAUUUACAUAUAUUCAAUUCUCUUCUAAUAUCUGAACAGCGACGUGUUGGAAGAGCUUCUCUAGUGACUAUGUUCCGUAGUGAUGAUCUCCACAAAGCUUUGAUGGCAUGUAGUGCAGAAGUAAUCCUGAUGACUUACAAUGUUUCCUUGAACAACGUUGAAUCUCAGAACAUCCAGCCUGAUUUUGUCUUCCCUUGGGUAUUGAAAGUGUUUGAUCUAGAGGCAUUUUGUUUAUUUUUGGUGCUUGAAUCUGUCUUAAAAUUAGAAAAUAAACUACCAGGAGAAAUUUGCAGGCAUAUUCAGAAAAUAGAGCAGGAUAUUUUGGAUUGCCAUGCAUGGAAGGAAGGCAGGUCAGUGUUUGAGAUCUCAAAUGAGGAUCUGGAGAACCUCUUAGAAGCAAAAAAUGGUGAAAAUGCAACAAAUCUAAUGAUGACACCAACGAAAAAUAAUCCAAACAACAGUUGCUUUUAUCAUUAUUAUUACACAACACCUGAAAAAAUGCCCAUGAACUCUGAGUCAAAUGGUCAAACAGUGGUGGUGCCAAGCAGUCCAAAUUCAUCAAAUACUCAAAGAUCACGAGCAAUUAAACAGUUCUUCACAAAAGUUUGCCAUCUUGCUUUCAAAAGACUUAGCCGAUUAUGUGAAUCAUUGGAAGUUUCUCCAGAGCUGACUCAGAAAGUUUGGACUUGUCUUGUCCAUUGUAUCAUACACAAUCGUGAAUUACUACGAAACAGACAUCUUGACCAGAUUAUGGUAUGCUGUCUGUAUGGUAUCUGCCGAGUAGUACACCAAGAGAUUAAAUUCAAAUCUAUUGUAAAUGUAUCUAAGGAAAUCUCACUUGCUCAACAAGAAAUAUUUAAAGUGAUAUUAAUCCAAGAUGGCAAAACUGAUUCAAUUGUUGGUUUUUAUAAUAGUGUCUACCUACCAACUAUGAAGACUUAUAUUUUACAGUUUGAACCUAACAAACAAACAACUCCACCUCUCUCUUCUACACCUAAGUCAUGUGUAACCUCUUCACCAGUUUUCAGUGUUGCAGGCAAGAAGAACUUUCAUGUGUCAUAUGCUAAAAGUCCACUGUUCAAGACACAAGGUCAACUUACUCCAAGGACAGAUCAGUUGUACUGCUUUGUAGAAGGAGUUGGGUCUGCUGAGAAAUUACGUAACAUCAAUGAUACCAUUGCUCAAAGCCGAGCUCAGAAACGUCUUCAGUUUGACAACUUAGACAAUGACUCCACUAGGAACACAGCUAAAAGGCCGCGUGAUGGGAUGGAUGCUUCUGCCAACAGAUCUGAAACCAAUACCUGGAAAGACCCUUCUUUUAAACCCCCAACCCCAGUCAGCUCAAGAGUCUGUACCACACCAGCAAAGGAGUCUGCUGAAAAGAAAGAACAAUCAUCUCCAAUGUCACGUUAUAUGUCAUCAGCUCUGAAGAAGACACAGCGCUUUCUGCAAUUUGAUGACAUUCAACCUGCUUCUGAAAAUGAAGUUAACAACUCGGCUGAUAGUCGACCUGGGUCUUUGGCAGUGGACAGUUCUCAAAAAGAAAGAAAAGAAAACACAAUGGAGAAAUGAUUGUUGCUCUUUAAAGUUUGGUGCUGUAAACUGACAAAUGGAUAUUUUCAGCUCUCCUGUUAUAAAACUUGAAGUAUUUUGUGACCAUCGAUGCUGCUUACUUCUGUAAACUAUCUUCCAUUUGGUAAACCAGGCCGUUUUAGCAGCAAACUUUAAUUCUAUCUCUUAGAAGCCCUCUUCUGCUUUUUCAGUUUCCAAUAGCCUAGUGACAUUUCUCUGUUGUGCUCUUGUUAACAUUCCAGCAUAAACUUGCUAUUUUUUCUGCUAACUCUGUUCUGAGUGGAUUACUCUUUGAACGCUGCUGGAGAAUAUCUGAACAGAAAAAAAUCUAUUAAGCAAAUCUUAUUUGAUUGAAUCAAGCAAACAGAAGCAAAGCAUCACUUGAUAUAAACUCUAAUACGUUGAAUGGUUUGGAAAUGACAAAUUUUAGAAUAUAUCACACUUGCCACAAAUUCAAUUUGUUGAAACAAUGUUAAAACUGAUAAUUUAUUUUAGAUGACAAUGAAAUGAUAAUAUUAUUAUUAUUAAUAAUAAUAAUAAUGAUGAUGAUGAUGAUGCUGAUAGCUGUAGUGUGAUCAUUAUUGUGAACAUGGUUAGAGAUGAAUUCAGAAACUAAAUGGUGCUUUUGAAAUUGAAAAAUUGAUUGAAAAUUUUAAUUAUUAUUUUAAAUAUAUAAUUAACAAUUUUAAAUGUGGACAACAAGUUAAAAUGAGUUGAGAGGAAAUGUGUCUUAUAUAUGUGAUUUUUUUUUUUUGGAUGUGUAACAGUUGUUUUAAAAAAAACUUAGCUGCCCUUUGUUACGAUGUCAGUUUUCUAACACCAAUUUAGUUAUGAAGAAAGUUAAAAAUUCACUUCAUUAAAAUGACAUUCACAAAGCUUCUGUAUUAUUUAUUGCAAAAUUCUGUAUAUGUUAGUGAGGAAGAUCUGGACUCCAGAAUAAAUUUUCUUUUAAUAUAUUAUAUUUAAGUAUAUUAAAUGUCUAAAUAUCUGUUUCAUUUAUUGGUGUUUCUUAUUUUAUCUUAUGAUUAUUAUUUUUACAGAGUGAAAAUAAAUAGAUAUAAUGCUCUCUCAAAUGUAUUAUACCAGUACACUUCUCUUUGUUUCAAGUAUAAACAUUUUUACAAUGUUCAAUCCUAGGUUAACCAACAAGAAACUAAAAUUAUUGUUUUUUAUCUCCAGCUCUCUUACUUUAAAUCUUAUUUGCUGGUAAUAUUGUAUUUUGAAAGUAGAUGAAGAUCAAUCAAUCAAUCAUAGUAUUUGUCUGAGAUUUUACUUUUCUCUUGUGUUAAACAUUGUUGAAAUAUGCCACAGUAAAUGUUUCCAAACAUUUACUUCAAUCAUGUAUAUUUUGUUUUCUUUUACUCACUGUUCAGGUGCUGUUCAGCAGAACGCAUCAAACGUAUUUGCUUCUUAUGUGUAAACUUUAUAUGAUUGUUCAAUAUUUUCACUAGAUGUAUACUUUCAAUCACAUUUUUGUUAUCAAAACUAGCCUGUAUGUGGCUUUUUAAGCAUAGACUUCAACACAUGGCUAGUAAAGUUAGACUAUUAUAACAUUUCUAUUACAUUAAAUGGUCAAAAUACUGAUCAGUUAAUUGAAAAAUGAUAAUUUAGUCACCUUUUAACAUUAUAAACAGCACAAUUGUGAUUAAAAUUCUGUGUUUCCAUGAUGAAGUUUCAUACAAUAUCUGAUACUUGCUGACUAUUAACUCUUUGAUUGCAAAUGAAAUUAUUUUUAUUCUUUGUAAGUUCUCCAGUUAUCUUCAGCUGCCAUUUACUUAUUCUGUUCUAUAAUUACAUAUUAUAUACAAAGUCCUAAAUAAUAUGUUUUAAUUAACUAUACCAUGUAAUUAUCAUAAAAAUGAGUUCAGUCUCAUUUUUAGAACUUAGUAUAUGAUAUGUAAAUACAGUAAUAUGGCUCCUUGUUUCUUAGAGUAACAAUAUUGUAAUUGAAGACAACUGGAGAAUUCUUCUUAUUCUAGUGUUUCUUUUAAAAUACACAUACAGGAAAUUAAAUGAAAUUGAAAAAUAUAUAGUUAUGAGUCAAAAAGCAUCAUAUAUUACAUGUGUAAUAUUUUAUUGAAAAAGUGAAAUUUGAAAACCGAUUUUUUUUAUUAGUGAAAAUAGCAUUGGUGUUUUCUAACUAUACAAGUAAUUUUUUAUUCUAUUAUACAGUUGUUAAUUUUAACAUAAUUUUUAUUUAAUUUUUUUUAUACCUCAUUUCUUUUUUCUCUUUUUCUUUUGUUUUUGUACCACUCUGAUCAUUAUGGUGCCUGUAAAUGUUUCAAACCUCAGUGCAAUCCUUUGACCAUAUUUUGAACUUGCAGUAUUUUUCUCUCAUGCCUCCUGCCACUAGAUUCUUCAGCUAUCACUACCUCAUUAAAAUAUACAAAACCAACCAUGGUAAUUCUUGCCUUGCCAUUCUCAAAUGUGCCUAUUGGCAAACUCUACUUCUAGUAAUUGAUUUUAUCUUCAGCAGGAUUUUUAAGUAAAAUUUCCUUCCUUUUCCAUAUUUUUAAUAUUUAGUUUUGAUAGUGGCUUGUGUUAAAGUUUUGUCUUUUUAUACACAUAUAUUAUUUUACUUUAUUGUAAAGUUGUUUGUAGUUGUAUUCACCUACCACAUUCCUGCUCCAAUUUUUAAUAUUGAUAAUUUUUUUUCUAUUUACCAAGUUACAACACCAUUACUAAAUUAGCUAAACCAAAAUGUGUUGUUACUGUGAUAGCUAAAUGUGUCAUUAUUAAGUUAGUUAAACUGAUUUGUUGCUAAGUUAACUAAUUCAUGCCAAUAAGGUCACAACAACCCUAAGCUGACUUAGUUUAUUGUACUUUACCAGUUGACGAGAUUGAACCAUGCUGGCAUGGUUUUACAGCAAACUCUCUCUACACCAUACUUAAGUAAGUAAAAUACCAAACUGAUUUACAUUGAUUUCCUAUUCUUUUUUGUUUAUGUUCUUGAAUAAAAGUAGUUUAUAUUCCCCCGAUAGAUAUGAUUGCUAGCUUAUUAUCCAGGGAACCAUAUCCUGUUGAAGUUUUUGUCAGAUGGUAAAGGAUUUAAUUAACACUCCAACAUAUUACUUCCUGAAUAACUGGGUUUAACCCUUUGACAUUUAAACUGGCCAAAUCAGGCCAAAAUAUUUUACCUGUUUUGCGAUCAAAUUGACAUUAGGAAGGGCAUCCAGCCAUAGAAACCAUGCCAAAACAGACCGGGAGCCUGAAAAGCCCUUCAGCUGGUCAGCUUCUGUCAAACCGUCCAACUCAUGCCAGUAUGGCAAACGGACAUUAAAUGAUGAUGAUGAUGAUGAUGAUGAUGAUGAUGACCAGAUCCAAACUCUCACACCUACCCUACAAUGGUACUCUAAAAGUAAACAAUCACAUCAUUGAAGUCUCAAAGUUAUGAGAUAAUGUAUGAUUAAGUUGAAACAGUGUGAAUGCAUAAGCAUUACAUUAUGAUAGAAUAAUCUGAAUGCUAAAGGGUUAAAGAAUGACUUAAUUAUGAACAUUUCCAUGGAAACACUAUACUCUGUUACAUCUUAUAGAGAAAAAAAAUGUUUGUAUCUCAAUUCUUUUCCUGAUACUAACCACCAAUAGCCGGAAUAUUUCUUAUUAGCCAAGGCAAGUUGAGUGAUGUAUAUCCAGUUUUUAAAUACAUUGCAGUUUUAUUGAUGGAACUCUUUAAACCAGUAUAUUUUAAAUUAAAAACAAAACAGAAAAGGAAAUACAAUAAACCCUGUUUUAAAUUACUUUGAUACUAUUAUCACCUAAUUCAUCCUUUGCUUGUGCAUCAUUCCAGUAUUCUAAACAAUCUGUACUACUGUUGGCAUUAGACCAAUCUGUGUAAAAUGUUGUUUACUAUAAAGAUCUUUACUCAGCAGUAAUAGGUUUAAAUACAUUUCACAGUAUCUUAUUGUUUCCACAUUCCAUUUUUUUUAUUCACCUUCAAAUCACUUUUCCUUUCAUUCUCAAUAUGAAAUGGUUGUAGGGGUGAACUGAGUAUAACUUCAUAGUUGCAAGCUACAUUUUGUUGCCAAGUUACUUCCUUAGCAUUCAUUCAUUCAUUCAUUCAGUCAUCCAUCCAUCCAUCCAUACUUUCUUCUUGUUUUGCUUCUCAUCAUCAUUACUGGCUUCUGAGUGGUGGAUGGCAGAAAUGGAAGAGCAAUUGAUUAACUGCCUUCCAAUAUUUAGAUGCAUUCUUUUUUUAUGUUCUGAUUUCAAAUUCUAUCAAGAUUGACUUUGCCUUUCAUCCUUUUGGAGUGAAUAAAAUAAUAACAAUCAAAUUCCAGGCUUGACUGUACCUUUUCUCAGGAUUUGUAACCUUGUCCCUAUGUUAGAAAUAAUUUAUCAGUGAAUUUAGUGUAAAAUGGAUAUUUUUCCAUUAUUCUCAUAUGCUAUUUGUUCUUUCAAUUAACAAGGACAAUUGACCAAGUUAGCCAAAUCAGGAUGUAAAGCCCCUGAUCAUUUACCUAUAAAAUACCUAGUUAGUAUCAAGUUACCAUACUUCACAUCCUUCUACAACAAUUAAAACUUAACCCCUGUCCUUGGUGAAGACUAUAAAACUACAAUUAACAUGGUUUAUCAAAACACAAUAACAGCUGUUAGUACCCAUUUCAAGACUUUUAAGUAUUUGAUCUCUCUUCCUGCCUAAAUAUGUUAAUUAAUGGUGUCUCUGAGUGAGAAAGUAAAAAAGGUUACUUCUUUUUAAUCCAUUACAAUCUAUGAGGUUAUUAGAGGAAGAUGGAUUUAAGGAUUUGAAAGAUAUAUAUGUGUGUGUGUGUGUGUGUAUUUCUUUAAUAUCAGAAAGCUAUUUUGCUCAGAAGUAGAGUGCCAAGUUUUAAGACUUUGUCUUUCAGAGAUCGUCUUUUCAAUAUUGACUCACACACAGUGUACAUUAUACAAACUAAAGGAAGGUUUUACAAUGAAGUAUUAUUGGGUUGUGGUAUACAGCUCAAUUCUGUAACAUUACUUUUUUUUUUCCUUAUUUUUUUUCUUUAAUGAAAUUUUAUUCAUUCUCUGCUGUUAAUCCUGUUGUUUCUGUUGGCAGUUGGGUGUCAUUUUGGACCCUAACAAUGAUCUAACUCCAUAUCUGGUUCCAUAAAAUAGUUGUUGGUACUUUAUAAUAUUUCUGUAGGUUUGGAAUUCAUAUGUUGACUCAUUUUCAAGUUAACAAAGUUUUCCUAAUCACAAUUACUAAUUAAACUGAUUUCUAUUCCUAACAUCACAAUGACUGUGUGCCAUGUUGACAGUGUUGGUAUUUUCCUUCACCAGGUGUCAUCACUUCUGCUCACUGUGACACCUGAUAUUCAAAUCUUCCCAAUACAAAUGUAUUUAUUUAUUGAACUAUUGAUGAAAUAAAGCAAUUAAAUGCCUUGAAAA